CAAGUGUGUCUGAACAGGACAUGACAGACGGCCGGUUAAAACAUGUGCUCGACAUUCUGCGCUCGUUAUACCCGUCAGUUCAGACCCUGGAGGAGUUUACACACGGACUCGUGUUCAGUGAUGGACAGAAGCCGCUUUUACUGGAGGAGUCUGACGGCGCGCGCUUCAAAACACUCCUCAGGGGACUGAUGAUAUGCGCGCUCACGCCGCUUCAGCAGCUGCGCGCUCCCGCACAGCUCAGCACACUGCCUGAAGUUUUGGCGUUCACACUGAACCACAUUAAACGUAAGAAACUGCGUAACGUCCUGGGAUUCAGCUAUCAGUGCAGCGACGUGCUGGCGUGCUCGGAUCCCUUCAGAUUCCACGGAGACAUCUCUCAGAGCGCUGCUUACAUCAGCACCAGCGAGCUGUGGAAGAAAAUCAACCAGAGACUCGGGACGGAGAUCACCAGAUACCUGCUGCAGGACUGUGCCAUCUUCAUCACCGUCCCGCCCUCGUGUUUACUGCAGGUGUGCGGCGAGCCCCUGUACGACCUCCUGCUCCCGCAGACUUGCUCUGGAUUCUUCCUCAGCCACGUCUCGCCUCAAAUGUCCUACAACUUGACACGUAAAAUUCCCUUCAGAACACGGAUUAUUAAAAGUAAUAGGAAUAUAGUCAUGGAAAAGACUAAAAAGAGAGAUCGGAAUGAGGAUGCGGAAGAUAAACAUAAAGAUUUCCCUGCCACAAAACGACAAAGGGUGAUUAUGGAAACCGAGAAGGGCAUCGACACCCUCGAGAAAGAUUUAGGACCGCGGACGGACACCAAUCGCCCUUCGACCGCCCGUCCUCAAAGCCAUGGAGUAAAGAGCUGGAAGGCAGCGGACCAGUGCCCGCCUCGCCCAUCUCACUGCUCCAUCCGUGUACUGAGCAUGCUCUACAACGGGCGUGGCAUGAAGUGCUUCCUACUCAACAGGAAGUUAAAAGCAGGCAUGAGCGCUGUUAGGCGCUUGCAGGGUGUGGAUCUUGUUCGAUUAGUAUUCCUUCAAGAACAAUCUAAUGUGUCCGACGGAAAGUCCAAACCUAAAAAACUUCCCAAACGUUUCUUCAACACUGUACCGCUGUUCAGUCGACUCCUACGGCAGCACAGGAAGUGCCCAUACACCCUCUUCCUGCAGAGGAAGUGCUCCAGGAACACAUGGGAACAGGAUGUGGAGUCUUUGCUGGGCUCACACUACUCACCCUACAGGGUGUAUCUGUUUGUGAGGGAAUGUUUGCGAUACGUUAUUCCAGAGGAACUCUGGGGCUCCCAGGAAAACCAGCUCCACUUCCUGUCUAAUGUGAAGAACUUCCUGCGACUUGGAAAAUUUGAGCGUUUCUCAUUGGCCCAGCUGAUGUGGAGGAUGAAGGUUACGGACUGCCAUUGGCUGGGACCCAACAAACGUCAGUGUGCCAGUGAGCACCGGUACCGGGAGUGGAUCUUCGGUCAGUUUCUGCUCUGGCUGUUGAAUGAGUACGUUAUCGGCCUGGUGAAAGCGCUGUUCUACGUCACCGAGAGUAUGGGCCAGAAACACACACUGCGCUUCUACAGGAGAGAAGUGUGGAGCAAACUAUACGAGCGGGCGUUCAGAGUUCAUCUGUCUAAGGGCCAGUGGAGGGCGCUGUCUCCUUCUGAAGUGAUCAAAUUCCCUAAAACCACCAUAAAAUCCCGAAUUCGUUUCAUCCCAAAGACCAACAGCAUGAGACCCAUCACACGACUCUCUGGAACCAGAGAAGCACUGCAGCAUUUCCAGAGUUGCGUGCGAGUGUUGCAGAACGUGCUGAGCGUGUGUGUGCGGGAGGCCCCGGGGCCGAUGGGCUCGACGGUUUGGGGUUGGCAAGACAUCCAAAGAGUUCUUGCAGAGUUCACGCCGCAGCAGAAAUGCUCACCACGACCACUGUACUUCGUUAAGGUAGACGUGAGCGGGGCGUAUGACAGUCUUCCUCACGCCAAGCUGGUGGAGGUGUUGGAUGAGGUGUUGAGUCCGUUCAAACAGCGGAGUUUCUUUCUGCGGCAGUACGCUCGCGUGUGGUACGACCCCAACCAGGGUCUGAGGAAACAGUUCUGCACUAAACACUCGUCUGAGGUCAGAGGUCAAGAUGUGUUUCAGUUCUUCCAGAAGAUGUUGAGCAGCUUCAUCAUCCAGCAUGAGAAGAAAAUGUUCCGUCAGGUGUGUGGGAUUCCUCAGGGAUCUUCAGUGUCGGCUCUGUUGUGUAAUCUGUGUUACGGACACAUGGAGAACUCUUUACUGAAAGACGUCACAAAGGGCGGGUGUCUGAUGAGGCUGGUUGAUGAUUUUUUGCUCAUUACGCCUCAUCUGAGUAAGGCCACAGAGUUCCUGACGAUGUUGAUGUCUGGCGUUCCUGAAUAUGGUUGUAAAAUAAACCCACAGAAAGUGGCGGUGAAUUUCCCCGUGUGUGACGAGUGGCUGAAUUGUGGUGUGACUGUGUUUCCAUCAUGUUGUCUGUUCCCGUGGUGCGGUCUGAUGCUCGACACACACAGGCUGGAUAUCUAUAAGGAUUACUCACGCUAUGAUGGCCUAUCGCUGCGCUACAGCCUGACGAUAGGCUCCACCCACUCACCAGCCACGGUCAUGAAGAAGCUGCUGUCAAUCAUCAGACUCAAGUGUACUGGAAUCUUUGUAGACCUCAGGAUGAAUUCUGUGGAAGCCGUUUACAAAAGCUUGUACAAACUCAUUCUGUUGCAGGCUCUCAGGUUUCAUGCGUGUGUGAAGAGUUUGCCCCUGGGCCAGAACAUUGGGGCAAAUCCGUCAUUCUAUCUGAAGAUGAUCUGGACUAUGGCUCGAGUUACUAAUAAACUCGUAAGACACACAAAUACAGGUCUGGUUCUGGGCUAUGCGGAUGGUGGAGGUGUUCUGCAGUACGAGGCGGUGCAGUUGUUGUUCUGUCUGGCGUUUGAGGUUGUUUUCACGCGUUUCCGCCCCUUUUACCGCAGCCUCCUGAUGCGACUGCAAAAACGAAAGAGGCGUCUACAGCACGCGCUCCGUGGCAUCAGAUUGGCACGAGUGCAUCAGGCGGCCACGCCCAGAAUCCCUAACGACUUUAAAACCAUCAGGACGUAAACACAUAAACCUGCAUAAAGAAACUCCCCUGUUAUCAGCUCACAUUUACUGCAGUCAUGCGCUGCCUCUAUAAACGGCAGCAUGUUUACAGAUGCAUCAGCAGGAAGUAUUUUCUUCCAUAGUCUCAUACAGUAGCUGAUUAAACAGAUGUGACUUGUAUCGUAGAUUGUUGAUGGAUUGUCGUUAAACUGAGAAAGCAGUGCAGUGAUAAGCGAGUCUCGUAAACUAAACUUGUAAUAAUAGAAAAGUGAAUGGAAGAUGACUGGCCGUUAAGCUGGUUUUAUUCAACUCAUUUGUCUUUUGAAUAUGUAGUUUGUUUGCUGUUGUUAUGGUGAAUGUUUAUAUGAUAUUUGCAUGUGUUGAUGCAUUUGUAAGCCUUCACCUUUACAUUUUCAUCUUUGAGGGGGGAAACAAAUUCUGCGCAGAAAAUAAAUUUAAA